UCUCUCGUUAAUCGAUCCGAAAGAGUCAACGGUACUUACCUACUCAAAUUGAUCCAAUGUAAAAGAACAUAUUAAGGAAUCCUAUGGAGAUGAAGUAUAAGCUUGCAAUGUAAAGAGCUAAAAAGGGUUUCUGCUAAAGUGUGAUGUUUCUGGGGAUCUGAGGUUUUACUGGAAAUUAGUCACAUCUCUCGGUAUAAAGUUCAUUUCAUUGAGGUGCGCAAAUCACAUACAUUCUAUCUCAACAAAUCAACAAAUCCAUGGCAUCUUCAUCAUCUUCUCCUUCUGCUCUGGCAUUUUCUUCUCAAUCAUGGAAGUACCAUGUUUUUCUUAGCUUUAGAGGAGAAGAUACUCGCAGGAAUUUUGUAGAUCAUCUCUACUCAGCUCUUGAACAGCAAGGGAUCUACACCUACAAGGACGAAGAAACACUUCCUCGAGGCAAAUCGAUCGGUCCAUCUCUUAUGAAAGCUAUAGAAGAUUCUCAGAUUGCUGUCAUCAUAUUCUCAGAGAACUAUGCAGACUCUUCAUGGUGCUUAGAUGAACUUGCAUAUAUUAUGAAAUGCAAGGAUACAAAAAGCCAAAUCAUUAUCCCCAUAUUCUAUGGCGUGGAUCCCUCUGAAGUACGAAAACAAAAACGAAAAUACGGAGAAGCAUUUGCCAAACAUGAGUUAGAGAACAAGAAGAAAGCUAAAUCUUGGGGACAAGCAGUUACGGAGGACCUUUGGGGAUGGCUCUUUAACCCCCGAGAACAAAACCGAAAAUACAGAGAAGCAUUUGCUAAACAUGAGUUGGAGAACAAAACCAAGGUUGAGUCUUGGAGAAAAGCACUUGUGGAUGCAAGUAACAUUUCUGGAUGGGAACCCAAGCAUGUUGCCAACGGGCAUGAAUCAAGGGUUAUCAAAGAAAUUGUUGACACAAUUUCACAUAGGUUGCAAUUAGUACCUUCAAGUGCCAAUAAGAAUCUGGUCGGAAUGGCGGCUCGGAUGCAACGUUUGAAAUUAGAGUUACAAAUUGGGUCAGGUGGUGUGCAGAUGAUUGGAAUAUGGGGAGUUGGGGGUGGUGGUAAGACUACUCUUGCAUCUUCUAUUUAUGAUGAAAUCUCUAGCAAUUUCGAUGGUUGUUGCUUUGUGAAAAAUAUCCGGGAGGAAUCAAGCAAGAAUGGUUUGGUAAGCUUGCAAAAAAAACUUAUUUCUGGCGUUUUGAAACAAAAGGAAGUACAGGAAUUAGAGAGAGUCGAGGAAGGAAGACGCAUGAUAAUUGAUGGAUUAUGCCAUAGAAAGGUCUUUAUUGUUCUUGAUGAUGUCGAUAAGCUUGACCAACUAGAAGCAUUAGCUGGAUCACAUGAAUGGUUUGGUGAAGGAAGCCGAAUAAUAAUCACAACUAGAGAUGAACAUGUAUUAAAUGCAAACAGAGUCGAUGUUAAGCACAAUAUUAGCUUGUUAAACAAUGAUGAAGCUAUUAAGCUCUUUCGCAAGCAUGCACACCGGGAUUACACAUCCAUGGAAGAAUAUGAGCAGCUUAUAAAAGAGGUGGUCUCUUAUGCUGGUGGGCUUCCAUUAGCACUUGCAGUUCUUGGUUCAUUUCUGUGUGACAAAAACAUUAAUGAGUGGAGGAGUGCAUUGGCCAGGCUGAAAGAGAUUCCAAAUGAUAACAUUGUGGAAACACUAAAAAUCAGCUUUGAUGGACUUACAAAGGUUGAGAGAGAGUUGUUCCUUGAUAUUGCAUGUUUCUUUAGGGGGAGGGAGAAAGAUGAGGCAAUGGAGAUACUUGAGGCUUGUGGUUUUCAUCCAGUUAUUGGAGUGAAGGUGUUGAUACAAAAGGCUCUCAUAACUAUUUCAGAAGAUGGACAUUUUGAUAUGCAUGAUCUGGUGCAAGAAAUGGGACACCACAUUGUUAGAGGGGAACGCCCUAACAAUCCUGAAAAACAUAGCAGAGUUUGGAAGGAGGAAGAUGUUGCAAAAAUAUGUGAUAUAGAUGCAACCACGGAACUUGACAAUAUCGAAGCAAUUAUAAUGGUUUUCCGGUUUCAGCCAGCAAAAAAUCAAGAACAAGAUCUUCAUUCGGUUGCUGCAUACAUGAAGAACCUUCGGUAUAUAGAAUCGUUUGGUGAUCCUGCAAAAUCAUUGUUUAAUGACAUUCCACUAAGGGAGCUUUGUUGUCUUAUAUUGUUCUCGGGUUCGCAAAACCAACUUUGGGAGGGUUGUAAGUUGUUGCCAAGUUUGAAGUUAUUGAGAAUUUGUGAUAUGUAUAACCUAAUCAUGACACCAGAUUUUAAUGGACUUCCAAAUCUUGAAAGAUUGAUUCUUCAUGAAUGCCCGUGUUUAGAAGAAAUUCAUCCAUCAAUUGGCUACCUGGAAAAGCUUGUUUUCUUAUCUAUAGAACAAUGUGGGGGUCUUGAUAUGUUUCCAUCCUUUAUGGGAUUAAAGAAACUCAAGACCCUUUCAUUCAAAGGGCACCUCAAAUUUGUUAAUUGUUGGAGGUGUGGUUGCAGCAAUCUUCCUGAUGUAGAAUGUUGUGUUGAGGAGCCUUGUUUAUGUCGGUUAGGGUUUUUUCACAACUUGCAAGAACUUCAUUUCUUAAGGAAGUUGGAUCUCUGCUGGAGCAAUUUGGGAGAUGAAGACAUAGGCUCUGAUGUUUUAGAGUUUCCCAACUUACAAGAACUCAAUCUAUACGGAAAUAAGUUUUCACAGUUAAGUUUUAGUUGCUUGCGAUUUCCUCGGCUCAAAUGGCUCGACGUGUCAUUCUGCAAAGAACUUGUAGAGUUGUCAGAGCUGCCACAGAGUAUAGCUAUUGUUAUAGCAGAUUAUUGUGACUCACUUGAAAGCUUUGGAGAUAUCUCAAACUGUAAAUGGUUGUGGAAAGUCUCACUUCGAGGGGACAAGAAAGUAGGUCCACUUGUUGGUGAGAUAUUACUAGACUCCAUGCUCCAGGGGAAUGCUAUUGAAAAUCAUUUUAUCAGUUUUAGUAUUCUGCAUCAGAUUCCAAAGGGGUUUGCGGGCAGGUUCUUUAGAGGGAAAACAUUUACAAAGCAUCCCCCACAUGCUAUUUGGAACCUAUUUGAUGACGACACGUUUAGACUGCGUCUUCCAGAUGAUUGGUGCAAUGACUUUUGUGGGUUUUUAAUACGUGUUGUUACCAUUGUCAGACAUCUGGAUAUAGAUGUAAUCAUCAAGCACGAUCCAGAUGAAGAAGAUUCUGGGUUUGAGAUUUGGCAGGAGUCUAAUGAGGUACCAGAGCCUGAAUAUGGUGGAGAUGUUAGGACACACGUGGGAUAUGUUUCCUUUAGUUCAUUGAGGCGGACCACAUCAUUGAGUCCAUCAUACAAUAUUAUUUCAUUUUCCAUAAAGAGCAGUUGGUCUUCGUUUGCAGCUGAGCUUGUUCCUAGAAAAAGUAAGGAUGAUCCGAUGCAAACAACCAAAGUUUCAACAGAUUCCUCAGAAUUUUGGGAUGAGGAAAAUGAUGAAUAUAAGGCAUUUAUUAUCCAAGAUGAUUCAAAGUCUUAUAUCAAUAUAAUAUGGCAAUAUAACAUCUAACAAAACCCGUACACCAAUAGAUAUCUCAACUCUUUGCCAGUUUGUAUAGUCCGCACUCUGAACUUAUGAUUGUGAUUACACUGCAAUAUACAUUGAGAAAUAAAUUGCAAAUGGAGAAGAACAAAUGUCCUGAAAGAUGAUUGCAUAUCACAGUAAAAACUCCUGAUUUGAUACCAUAAAAUAUUUUGAGUAUUGAAAGAGAAUGAUUUGUAUAUAAUCUUUAGCUAAUUCAUAUGACUACACUUUGUAUUAAUAAAGGAAAGCACUACUUCUAUUUCAUGACAGGGUUUAUUUGCCAAAUUGUAAACUUUUAUUCCUUCGAUUGAAACUGAAAUAAAAAAGAAAUACCAAAGGUUCUUGGCUUUUGAAAGGCCAAGUCUCUCCCGA